UUCUAACAUUAUACAAAACAAUUUGUUCACCAUGGAUUACGACUCUGACUCGGAGCUGCAUGCGACGGACAGGUUACGAUUAGAAUCAGAUUCUGAAGACGAUAAUUCUCCGAGCAGUACUAUACUCGCACAAGAACAGAUUUCUGAUAAUGUAAGCAACAUUGUUAGCAUCAACGGAGAUCCGUCAGCAAGUGAAUCGAUUGAACAGCCCCGAGAGAAAUCCAAAUCAUCCGAUAAUGAGGACGACCAUCUGUGCGGAAAGCAAAACCGCCGUACUAAAGUGUCCAAAAUUAUUGACAGCGAUUCAGAAGAUGGGAAUUUUCCGGAAGAUACGGACACGCCGAAAAGUAAACGAUCAGACGAAGAUAAUUCUUCAAAAAACAUGCUUCGUCUAAAAUCGUUGUUGGAUUCUGACUCGGAUUCUGGAUCUAAACAACAAGAACACCAACUAAAGCAGAGUCCUAAGAAAAAGUUGAAAAAGAAAAAAGGUAAAAGCCGAUCUCCAGCUAGUUCCGCUGAAGGCAGUGCGGAAUCCGAGGGUGAUCAAAAUAUGAAUGGAGAAGGUGUGAAAAUUAAACGUAAAAAACAAACCCGAGUAAAACAUCCGGGUACCCCUGUGACCACUGCGAAAGAUAUGCUUGCCGGUUUAAAUUUAUUCCUUGAUGAUGACGAAGAGGUUACCGAAACAAAUGGAGGAUCGAAAACGUUGAAUUCAAUCUUGGAAAAUGAUUCAAGCUCGGAUGAAAACGCCGACAGUAGGCGUGGGGGAAAAAAUCACAUGCCACAGAUGACCGAAAAACAAGCGUUGGAAGAAAGACAAUUAAUUCAAAGCGAAUCGCAACGGAUGGCGCGUGAAGCUUACAUAGAUAUUCCCUACCAUCGCACAAAAGCAUAUUCGUUUGAAGAAUUUCUUGCGAGAAAAACGAUUCGCAAACCAGACCCCAACCGGGAUUGUUUGGGGAAAUCCUCGGACCUAUCUAUCAGGAUGACCCCAGAGCAACUGGAGAUUUUUGCUAGGCAGCUGAAAGAACGAGAACUUGAAUCACAGGAUUUUUUUAAAUCUGAAAGCGAGUCCUCAGAUGAGGAACCUAAAAAAGAUGAUGCACCACCGGUGGAAGUGGCCGAAGACAAGGAACAUGUGCAAGUCGUCGGUGAAGAAAUGGAAACAAAGCGUGAUGACGAACCGGAAGUAGAGGAAGCGAUUGAACCCUUGGAUGCAAAUAUUUUAAGCGAAGAAAAAGUUCUGGAUACUCCAAGCUCCAAUAUUGUGGAACAAAACGAUGACCCAAUGGACGAGAUUGUGAAUCAAACGUCGAAAAAUACGGAAACACUCUUAACUGAUCAUCAUGCCGAAACGGAACCCCACGAGAAGGAAAUGACAUUAGAAAACGAAGUAAAGUACGAUCUCAUUACUGCCGGUCCAAAUGAGACAACAAGCAGCAAAAAAGCGUCCCUGCUAGCAAAGAUCAACCUUCCUCCCUGCCCAAGAUUAAGUGGACAUUCUGACAUGAUUAUUGACUUGGACAGUGGUAACAUUGAGCCGAAAGCGCCAACCGGUGCUGACAUUCUCUUUCAAAGGCUCGCGAAGUGCAGUGGGAGCGUAAAGAAAACACCACCCUCCACAAGUACAAUCACCGUGUUGAGCACGGACGAUGGUGUCGUAAAGUUCAAUAAGAUAUCCUUAUUCACAGAGCAGGAACGUCCGUUGGUACACAAAGAGCCCAUUCCGGGGGCUGCCUUUUUGAAGCUCAAACAAACGCUGAAGGAAAAGAUAGACAACGAUCGUCGGGUGGCCAUGCGAAAGCGCGAGGAAGAGUAUGCUAAAAAAGUUGAAAUAGAAAAGGCAGAAAUGGGCUACGACACCGAUGAGGAGGAAGAAGAAUUAUUAGCAGAUAAGGAAUGCGUAGAGGAUGAAAGCGAAAAAAAAUCGGAUGUUGCUGGACAGCAGAAGAAUGUUGCAAAUGAUGAAGUGAUGGAGGGCGAUAUUGUUGAUGAAGCUGGUGAGAACGCAAACGACGACGACGACGAAACAUCUGAAAGUAGUUCAAGUUCAGAUGAAGAAGAUGAAUCGGAUGUUGCAGAAGAAGAUGGGACUACCAAGCGAAAGGGAAGAAUAAUUAAGGCAUUUGAAGAUUCUGAUGAUGAAAAUGAUGCAAAUAAGCACAUCGAAAUAACGCCCACAGUACCUGCCCAUGAACAAGGAGGCAACCAGUUGGAAAGAACCAACCUUAAAAAAAAGGAAAACGAAAAUGUGUUGGUACCCUGGAAUCAGGACGAUACAGACACCCCGCAGGAAGAUGAUCUAAUGGAACUCUGUUCUGGACGAUUUGCCACACAACUUCCGACGGAUAGCACGCAAAUGCUUACCCAAAAUGAAGAACUUGCUGGUGUGGGAAAUAAGGAAUGUCAGUCUAUUACGAAACCUCUCUACACACAAGCGGAACAAAAUAUAGGAGAUUCGCAACUCCUGGAACUUUGUUCAGGUCGCUUUGAAACCCAACUGCCGGGAAUCGAUGACCGGCAGGCAACGAUAGCAAACGACUCUCCAGAUGGAAAUUCUACAGGGCCUGUAGCAACUGCAGUGUCUGACAGCAGUGACAUCCUGGCCGGGGCUAAACUUUGCCUCGAAUCCUCGGACGAAGAAACGGACAAUGGUGGCAUCGUAGCUACUAAGAAGAGUAAAAAACGCAAACGAAAGCACAUACAAUUGUCCGACGAUGAGGACGAAACAAAUGAGCCCGAACAACGAGCCAGCGACAUUAUUCAAGAAGAUUCUGAUAUGGAUCAGAUGUCGGAUCAAGAAAAGGAUAUAGAACAGGUUGGGGAUGAAGAGGAAGAUGAAGAAGCUGAACGUUAUGUGGAUUACGAUUCCGAAGAGAACGAAGUCGAAGUAACACUAACUAAGAAAGAUAAGAAACGAAUUGUGGCUAAUUUCGUCGAGAACGAAGCGGAAUUAUCCGAAUCGGAAUGGGGUAGUGCCGACGAAGAUGAGAAGGACCUCGAUCGUUACGACAUGGAAUUGGCCGAUGAGGAACAGUUCGAUCAAAAGCAGCUACAGCAGGAGCUGGAAAAAAUACACAACCGUCAAAUGCUUGAUCAGGAUAAUCGUGAGGUGGAACAAUUGAAAGAAUUUUUCCUCGAAGAUGAAGAAAACGACGGUGUUGGGCGCGUGAGACAGUUCCGUUGGAAAAACGUAGAGAAAACUUUCACUCUUGAUUACGAUAAACAAAAGGAAGGGGACCAUGAGAACGAGGAAGGUGCUGACGGUAAUGCAAGCGACGAAGAAACUGAAUUGGCUUGGAGAAAGAUGCGUCACGAACGAAAUAUGUUGCUGAAGGAACAAAACAUCAACCUUACUGAAACGGAGCUAUCCACAACUGCUACGCUGUUAAACCCAGAUGAUACGAUUGGCCCUACGGAUGGACAGGAAAACAAUCAAUCUGUGGGCCAUAUCGGUGGGAUGGCAAAGAAAAAAAUCACAAUUGUCAAACGGACUACUACCGCUUCUACAGGAAAGGAGGACAGCCCGUUCCUAAUCUCCAAAUGCAGUGUUGUACAGGGACAUAAAGCAUCUUUUUUGUCUCGCGAUCCUGAAACAUUAAACAAACUUGCAAAUUUGGUUAAAUCUAAUCCGGAGACCGAAGGAAGCAGCACUGUUGUGGCUUCAAAGGGUAGAAACUUUGUCUUCACUGCUCUCAGCCCGGCUAUUGAAAAGACAUCGAAACGUUCGUUAGAUUCUGAAGAUGCUGAAGAAAGGACCGAUGUAAAGAAACCCAAGACUGCGACUGUGAAUUCCGUUACCUUACUGGGUCGAGUUGGAGCGGAUCCCCAGCGUCGUGGAAAUGACGAUCAUCCCGUUGUUAUGUUCUCCUUAGCAACGCAUUCCAACUACAAGUACGAUUCGGGUGAUUGGAUGCAAAAGACGGAUUGGCACCGAGUGGUUGUGUUCAAACCGGGGCUGCGCGAUUCAGUUAUGUCGUACCUAAAGAAAGGACAAAGGACGAUGGUUACCGGCAAGAUUACAUACGGAGAAAUUACCGAUCAGGAAGGAAAACAACGAGGCACAACCAGCAUAAUUGCAGAUGAUAAAAUCGUUCGUGUACGAUCGUGUUCGUGUGAGUCUGUGCUAUUGUACCCAACGGAAAAAAUGGCAGCCGUUGCCCUGAGUGAAGUUCAAUCUGCAAAAUCCAUCAUUUGCGACAUCGAAGGAACGACCACGUCGAUCUCGUUCGUAAAGGAUACUCUAUUCCCUUACGCACUGAAGAACGUAGAGGAAUUCUUAAAAAACAACUGGAAUGAAGAUGCCACCAAGACGGUUAUUGCCGCACUUCGCGAGCAAGCUGAUGAGGAUAAAAAGUCAGAAGUAGCCGGCGUCGUUCCAAUUCCUGCUGGGGACUCGGAAGACAUCAUUCCGGAUAUUGUCAAAAAUGUCGAGUGGCAAAUGUCGCAGGAUCGGAAGACAGGUUCGCUGAAAACUCUUCAAGGAAUGGUCUGGGCUAAAGGAUACAAGGACGGCACUAUCAAGGGACAUGUAUAUGACGACGUGCAGAAGUCUUUUGAGAAGUGGACGGAAUCCGGUCGCAAGAUUUACAUAUACUCUAGUGGCAGUGUUGACGCCCAGAAGCUGCUGUUUGAAAACAGUGAGCAGGGCAACCUGCUGAAAUACCUGGCGGGACAUUAUGAUACGAAAAUCGGGGCAAAGCGCGAAAAGGAGAGCUAUCAGUCCAUUUUGAAAAACAUCGAGGCUUCGGCAGAAGAAGCAUUAUUCCUUACGGAUGUAUUUGCCGAAGCCAAAGCUGCGAAGGAAGCUGGCCUCCACGUAGUUCUGCUGGAGCGCCCAGGUAACUCUGAACUGUCGGAGGAAGAGCGCAAAGAGUUCCCAGUGAUUUCAACGUUCUCAGACUUGACCUUCGCGGAGGCAAAGGAAGAAAAUGGUUCUGCCCAAAAUGGAAAGCGAAAGAUCGAAGAAACGACCGAAACCACCGAGGAGGAUCAGACACAGGAGCCUCCCAGCAAGGUGGUUAAAGUUGAAGAAGGCAAGAAAGAGGAUACAACAGCGAACGGAUCUGGCGAAGGUGACAAGGAGAUGGCUGAAGUAGCUUCGGCGGACGAUGCUAUUGUUUCCAAGAAGGACGACGAGGUUCCGGAGAAAAAGAUUGACGAUAUGGAAGUUGACGAUGAAAAGAAGCCUACAAAUGGCGAGGAAAAUGUUAAGAAAACGGAAGAAAAAUCCGAACCACACAUUGAAGAGACAAAAUCCGACUCGAAGGACAACAAAGAGCCGAUAGAUUCGAAAUCAAGUAACGACGAAGUGGAAUCUAAACAGGAAUCUAUUGCCGCCAUGGAUGUGGACGAGCAGGAUAAUGGGGAGGUGAAGAAAGAAGCAGAGAAAAAGGGCAGCGUGGAAGUAAACGAAACUGUGAUUACGGAGGAAACGAAGGUUGCGAAGGAUGGCGAGAAGAAAGAGGAAAAUAAGGGUAAUGAUAAAGUUGAAAAAGUAGUGCAGGAUGUGAAGGAAUCGAAGGCAGACGAAACUACUAAGGUAGAUACUGUGGAAGAUGAUAAGGAUUCGGUAGAAAAAACGAAGGAAGUUGAAACUGAUAAGGAUAACACAGUAGAGCAAAAAGAAACCGUUGUUACGACCGUAACAGAACAGGACGCAAAGAAAGAGGAGGAGGCCAAAACAGCUGUCGCUGAAACAAAAGCCGAAUCUUCUGAGAAGAAAGAAGACAGCGUAGAAUUUGCUACCGGUGUGGAGGUUACAUCUAAUGUUCCCGCCGAUGAAGUAGCCACCGAGGUAAAAGAAGAUGAAAAGCAGGCAGAAAAAACUUCAGAAAAGGAGGAAAACAAACCAGCCAACGUUGAUUUAACACCUACUGAGCAACCAACCAGUGAGAAGAAGACUGCACCGACCGAAACUACCGAUGCUGAUGAUGCAGAUGCAAAGGUGGCAGCCACAAAUGGUGAAAAGACUGAAGACAAACCUACCACAAAUUCCAACGGUAACGGCAAUGCGGGAGAUGAGGAGAAAAAUGGCGAUAGUGAUAAGGAAAAUGACACUUCAUCGACUAACUGCGAGGUGGAUGAAGCUUCGGCAGCGGCUGAAUCGAAAACCAAUGGAAGCAACACCAGUGUUGAUACCAGCAGCAGUGUCCAGGAGGUAGCAGCCACGGCUGAAUCGAAGACCAAGAAGGUAGUUGACGUUGUCGCACCUCCUGCGGUCACGCCGACACCACCGAUCGAGGCAGAAUCGUAAGCCCAAUCUUAGACCGUAUCUAUAACUAACACAUCGGGAGAGGGAGGGGCAGUGAAGAAUUAUUCUUUACUGCGUUUCGGAACGAGUGAAGCAUUUUUCCUUUUUUUUAUAUUGCUGAUUGAAGCAAACAGGUACAGAAAACAAUAGCACCAACUAACAACCCACUUUUGACAUCGGAGUUUGCUAAUGGGCGGAUUUACGUGCCGAUUCCAACGGCGAAAAGUAUUAUUGAUCUUUAAUGACCAGAGUAGGAGACGAAUACGCGUGAAAUGGGACGGAGAAAAGUGAACUAAUUCUACAUUUGUAUAUCUGUCUCAAUGACGAUUCAAUUCUUAGUAAUUACAAUUUUAUAAACAUAUUUAUAUCAUUUGAUGGAUUGACGGAAGAAUACUGAAACGAUGUUGAAUGGAGUAUAUGAAGCAGUAAUGCAGUAGACUUGACGGUAGGAGUGAUACUGGCAUUAGAUUGUAGGCUACAUUUAUUAGGCUUUACAGUUUGUGAUCAUCACAUAACCAACAUCUUUAUUAUUUAUGGCCACAGCGACAACGUUGCGCAAAAUAUUUUCUACAGUCCGCCUACUAGCCCGUGUCCCUUUCCUCCCUCUAUAAACCCGUAUCGUAAUGUUUAAGUUUGUGAACUAAAAGAACAACCCGAAUCAAUGGUCAAAUCAUUCUACAAAUGAAGUGCGUAAAACCAA